AUGUGGAACCUUAGUAGAAGCAACGGCAUUGCCGGUGUAAAUUUAGUGAGACCAAUUAUAAGAUCAAUGAUAUAUAGUCAUCGUCGAACUUUAAAUACUUUAUACGACUCAUAUGACUCUAAGAUGCUAGGAACUGUGUACACACCUCCUAAUUUAGGGACUGUAAUAGCCGAUUGGUCUAAAUUGAAAUAUGAUCUGAAAGAAGAGAUAAAAGAGUAUCUUAUAUGGAAAAUGGAGGGAGACUGGCACAACAUGAGUAAAGAAGAAAUGCAGGUGAUUUAUUUUCUUUCAUAUGGGAAAUAUGGACCUCGAAGCAAUGAGUCCACGGAAUAUAACAAUCCUCUGUACCUUAUAUUGAAGAGUACAUUUUCUGUAAUAUUAUUUGGGUCGGUGGUUCUUUCAGCUAUCAACAUUAAACAGGACAGGUUGGUUCAAAAGAAACUAGAAGAAUUGAAAGUCAAAUCUCCGGGUAUACAACAUUGA